CAGCGUCAAACGGCACGACUACUGUCCAUGGUCCACGGGUACCUUAGCUAAGGCAGAGCACAGUUCACCACGGUCCUCGUUCUCAGCAGAGCGUCCAUGAACUGCGAUGUUUGAGAUGUCGAGGUUCGUCAAAGGUUCUCCGAAGACAAGAACAGGCGAGCAACGAGCCAUGACCGAGCUCCAAUGCGAAACGGAAGCACAGUCAGCUGGCCACACACAGUAUCUGAGAAAAGAAGAGUUGAUGUGGAGAUUGGACCAAGCAGACUAAGCUGACGAUGAGCUGCUUGCCCUCGCUCGCCGAUGUGCGGUGCAGCAGAUUCCACCCCCACCCCCGGACUCCGGUCCAGCAGAUUGUUCUGGUGCUGCGUCCUCAACCCUUUUUCGGAAUCUUCCUGCGGAACUGCAUCCUCGGAUUGCGACGGCCCAACUCUUCUCCCUCCACUCCGGCCGGAAUCUCUCGACUCUCACUUUGGCGCGCUGCUGCACACAAUUUUCGAAAACAUUUUCUUCCCCCUUUUUAACGUGACCACCAUCGUCGCCGUGAUACCCAACGUCUAGGUCCUAUUUUGAGAGCACCGAUUGCCUCUUCCGUCUCUCAUCAUCUCAAUUCCCUCCAAUUCAUCCAAUCCGCCCAGCAUGACCAUCACCAGUGUCACGCGCAACGAGCUCUGGCGGCACCCGGACCCCACCUCGACUCCCAUGUGGGCGUUUCUUCUCCGGGUGAAUCAAAAGUAUGGACUCGAACUGGCAGACUACCCCGGUCUCUACAAGUGGUCCGUCGAAAACGUGGCAGAGUUCUGGGAGGAGGUCUGGCAUUCUGUGGGCAUCACCGCCUCUAAGCCGUUCGACAAGGUCCUGCCGCUCAAUGCGCCCAUGUACCCGCGUCCAGACUUCUUCUCAGGAGCCCGUCUCAACUUUGCCGAGAACCUGCUCUUCCCCGCCAACGUCGCUGUCGACCCCACAUCCGUCGCAGCCAUCACCACCACCGAACUCGGCCCCUCCGUCUCCACAACAUGGGCCGAGCUCCGAGACGCCGUCCGCCGAUGCGCCGCCGGCCUCCGGGCUCACGGCGUUAAGCCCAAUGAUAUUGUUGCCGGCUUCGUAUCCAACCACGUCCAGGCCAUCAUUGCCGCUCUCGCUGCUGCCUCUGUUGGCGCCAUCUGGACAGGCAUUAGCCCCGACAACGGUGUCAGCGCAGUGUUGGACCGUCUUGCGCAGAUCGGGCCCAAGGUCCUCUUCGCCGACAACGGCACCGUGUACAACGGCAAGGAGUGGAGCAGUACCGACAAGACGGAGGAGAUUGUCAAGGCCCUGAUGCCUGAGGGCCUCGAGCUCGUGAUUGUCAUCAACAAUGUGGCAUGCGACCUUGCCAUUGACGGCCUGAGAGCAACGGGCGUUGCAGUUGAUGAGUACGAGUCGUUCCUCCAAAGCUCUCCCGAUGAGCCUCUCAAGUUUGAGCAGCUCCCCCCUUCACAUCCUCUCUACAUCCUCUACUCCAGCGGCACCACCGGCCUGCCAAAGGCCAUCGUCCACACCGCCCUCGGCACCCUCAUCCAGCACAAGAAGGAACACGCCCUCCACGGCUCCCUCACCGCAAAGUCCCGCAUGCUCUACUACACCACAACCUCGUGGAUGAUGUGGCACUGGUCCGUCUCCGCCCUCGCCGUCGGCGCCACUCUCGUCCUCUACUCGGGCUCCCCCUUCAAACCCCACGGCCACCUCUCCCUCCCCCGCCUCCUCUCCGACCUCCGCGUCACCCACUUCGGCACCUCGGCCGCCUAUCUCACCGCUCUCGAGGCCAACGCAGUCUACCCCGUAAACGAGCCCGGCAUCGACCUCUCCGCCCUCGAGGCAAUCUACUCCACCGCCAGCCCCCUUCCGCCCUCCACCUUCUCCUUCGUCUACAAGGCCUUCCCCGCCAAGGUCAACCUCGCCUCCAUCACGGGCGGCACAGACAUCAUCUCCCUCUUCGGCGCCCCCUGCCCCCUCCUCCCCGUCCGCGUCGGCGAGAUCCAGUGCGCGGGCCUCGGCAUGGCCAUCCGCGCCGUCGACUCCCUCUCGGGCGACCCCCUCCCGGACCCAACCCACCCAGGCGACCUCAUCUGCAUCCGCCCCUUCCCCUGCCAGCCCCUCACCUUCUUCGGCACCGGCGGCGACAGCAAAUACAAGGCCGCUUACUUCGAGCGCUUCGCCGACGUCUGCGGCGCGCAGGGCGCGGUAUGGCACCACGGCGACUUCAUCAAGAUCCCCAACCCGGCCACGGGCUCGCUCGUCAUGCUCGGCCGCUCCGACGGCGUCCUCAAGCCCGCGGGCGUGCGAUUCGGGUCGGCGGAGAUCUACAACAUCCUCACGCGCUUCUUCGCCGCCGAGGUGGAGGAUGCCGUCUGCGUCGGGCGCCGGCGCGCCACGGACGCCGACGAGACGGUGUGCCUUUUCGUCGUCCCCGUCGCGGGCCGCGCGUUCGAUGACGAGCUGAGGGGCAAGAUUAAGAGCGUUAUCCGGCGGGAGCUGAGUCCCAGGCAUGUUCCCGGUGUCAUUGAGGAGGCUGGCGGCGGGAUCCCCAAGACGGGGAACGGAAAGAAGAUUGAGGUGGCCGUCAAGCAGAUCCUUUCUGGUAUGGACGUCAAGACCAACGCCAGCGUCGCCAAUCCCGAGGCUUUGGAGUGGUUCCGCGCGUGGGCCGAGACGCACUAGAGUCUUGCGUCCAUGUGUUUGACUCAUCCGCUCAAUUUCUCGCGUGCUACCCGUUCCCCCGGCGGUAUAUCUUGUUUGGAGGUGUUUAGAAGUGGGAACUAUAUUAAUCAGGUACAAGGUCGUCAUGGGAUGGAUUUAGACUUCACGGGGGAAAAAGAAGAUUGCAAUGUUUUGGCAUAUGCCUCGAUUCAGGGACCUGAAGCUAAGCUAGAAAACUUACAUCAGUGGCAUUGAAAUGGACAGACACACUUUGGAAUAACCAGUGCUCCCUCUAUACCUGUACCAUCGUCACCCAGAUCAACCACGAUCAUGACCAGAUAUACACUUGGAGAGAAAAGAAGAAAGAAAAGAGAAAGAAAGAACAUGUUGCCGAGCCCUCGGAUCUCAAGCCGGAUCGGCUCCGCCCGCAUCGGAGCAAAACGCCGAAAACUUCC